AUGAAAGCACCCGCGCUGUGGGCGGCAAUCGGAGCGAUACUCAUCUUCACUGGCACCGCGAACGCAUGGGGCGGUUUAUUCAACAGAUUUUCACCGGAAAUGCUAGCGAACCUGGGCUACGGCAGCCACGGUGGAGCGUAUCGACCGCAAACGUUCCUGCAGAAUGAAAUUCUGGACGAAGAACAGCAGAACCAGCGCAUCGAGGAUGAUGGCUGCUACGGAAAGCCCUGUUACUCGAACGAGAACUGCUGCCCGGGGUUGGUUUGCGUAAAUGUUGAUGGAGGAGCGAAGAGCAAAAUAAUAUCAAAAUUUAUUGGCCACUGCAUGAUUACACUGGGACGCAAAUACGGUGAACUCUGUCGCCGAGAUUCGGACUGCGAGUCGGGCCUAGUUUGCGAUAUAUCGACCCUGAGUGGGGCCAGCGUUUGUCGUCCGCCCAUCGUGCUGGCCAAGCAGUACGCCGAGGAUUGCAUCACCUCUAGCGAUUGUGAUAUCUCCCGAGGACUUUGCUGCCAGGUGCAAAGAAGACAUCGGCAAGUGCCCCGCAAGGUCUGCUCUUACUUCAAGGACCCUCUGCUGUGCAUUGGUACCGUGGCCGCCGAUCAGGUGAAACACGAAAUCGAACAUACAGCGGGCGAAAAACGAAUCAUUUACAACAAACACUAA